CUCGAGGGUGUUGUACAGGUGUUCCUCUUUCUACAUUUUCGAUAAUUUUGUUUCAUGCUCGCUAUUGGCGUCACUUUGGUAAAGUAAGAAUCGAUUAAAUAGAAAAAGUGCGUGAUAAUAGAAAAUUUUCAAUUGCAAGAUGCAUAUACUACGAUGGACAUUUUUGUUGUUCACAUUGUGCGGCUGUUACCCGCCUCUUUCGUGGAAGACGCCUCUGCAAAAAUUUCUGUAUGAAAUUUAUACAAUAUUCUCAUUCCUGCUUCUCAAUAGUUUCUUGCUUUUUCAAAUAUUGGAUAUGAUAUGCAACGUAGAGAACACAGAUGAUUUCAGCGAUAAUUUCUCCGUGACAGUGGUGGUAUUUGUCACGUGCCUCAAGCUUUUCACUAUACUGAUACAUCGAGCAAAUUUCCUACUUUUGUGUAAUACCCUUCAGAAGGAGCCAUUUUUACCAAUGAACGAAGAAGAAUUCGAAAUUCUGUUGAAAUUCGAGAAAAUUACCGAUUGGAACACACUUGGUUACAUGACCCUGCUCGUGAUUUCUGAUUUCUUUAUACUCGUAGUGUCGCUUCUAGCAAAUUUCAAGAACAGAAAGCUAGCGUUUCGAGCAUGGAUACCAUACGAUUACUCGUCGUUAUCUGCAUAUCUGCUUACUUUCUUUUAUCAGUCGUUAUUCACGACGAUAUGCACUUUUGGAUGCGUCGCUAGCGACUCUCUGUAUAGUGGCCUGUUGAUACAUAUUAACUGCCAAUUCGAAAUACUAGAGCAUCGUCUGAAGAACAUCGAAUCGAACCAGAAUUAUUCAGUGAAGCUGUGUGUUCAUCAUCACGAUCAUAUAUACAAAUUUGGCGAAAUGGUGAACGAGGAAUUUAAAAUGAUCAUGUUUUUUCAAUUCGGUACGAGCCUGACUACGAUCUGUUUCAAUUUCUAUCGAAUAACACAAAUCGAAAUGGAUUCGAGAUUCGUAGGAACGCUUCUCUACAUGGCCUGCUCGUUGAUGCAGAUAUUUUAUUACUGCUGGUUCAGCAAUGAAGUCAAACUCAAGAGUAUGGAACUUUCUGAUAUGAUAUUCAGAACCGAUUGGACAUCGUUAAAUAACAACGUUAAGAAAGCUUUUUUGAUGUUAAUGAGGCGCGCUAUGAGGCCGAUCGAAUUCACCAGCAUUUACGUCAUCUCCGUCAAUCUUGAGUCCUUCAUGACACUAUUGAAGACUUCUUACUCCGCGUUCAAUGUUUUCCAACAGAGCCGGCUAAGAAACAAAAAGAUGCACAGACUUCCUCUGUCCUUUGCUUUGCUCACUUACUGCGGUUACUGGAGACCAACUAAAUGGCCACACACAUCGCUCAAGUAUCAACUGUACAACGUUUACUCGGUGUUAAUGAUUUUGCUACUAUACUUCUUCGCGUUCUGCUCUUGCGUGGAUUCGUUUACUAGCAAAAACCUGAAUGCUAUGACCGACAAAUUUUCUCUCUGCGUCUCUGUGGUAGGAGUCUGCCUUAAAGUAGCCAAUCUCUUUAUCCGACGAGGAAAAAUUAUAAAUGUGAUGAAUAUGUUGUUGAACGAGAAUUGUAUUGCGAGAGACGAUCAGGAAGAACGCAUCCAACGGGAGAACGAUGAUUAUGCCAGGUUUUCUUUUUUACAAUAUUCCUUCGUCGACUAUUAUAUUGCCAUGAAUUACUGCUUACAAGUUUGUUACAGAAAAUUGGCGAUAUACUGCGAGAUCCUGAACGAAUCGGCAGUGUUCUUUGCGACCGUGGGCCAAUAUAAAAAACUCAUGAGUAUGAGAGAGUUACCAGUAUCCGACUGGAUGCCGUACGAUUUAUCCUCGCAAAAGGUGUACACGAUAUCCCUAGUGUAUCAAACAGUUGGUUUGUUGAUCUGUGCAAAUACCAGCGUGGCCAACGAAACACUGAUCGCAGGAUUGAUGAUACAAGUCGGCACGCAAUUUGAGAUAUUUUGUCAUCGAGCUAGAAAUCUAUCAUUCUCAUUGACGUCAGCGAGAAGGAACACUAUGUCUAACGAAGAAUUCAAGAUAAGAUGCAAUAAAAUUAUUGGCAACUUAAUUAGACAUCACCACGAAAUUUACAAAUUUGCCGAAACAGUGAACAGUGUGUUUCAGUACAUGAUUUUCUUACAAUUUUGCAUAAGUUCGAUAGUACUAUGUCUGAGUGUCUAUCAGUUUUCCACGGUAGAUCCGUUCAGUAUGAACUUCUUAUGGAGCGGCUUCUAUUUGUGCUGUAUGCUUAUGCAGGUGUAUUUAUACUGUUGGUUUGGGAACGAGGUGACGUUGAAGAGUAACAAAGUUCGCGAUGCUAUUUACGAUAUGGACUGGACCAUGCUACCUACUGACGUAAUGAAAAAUUUAUUGCUGAUCAUAAUUAGAACUGAUAAACCUGUUAAAAUGACAAGCGGUCACGUUGUUGUUUUAUCUUCGCAAUCUUUCGUGUCAAUCAUGAAGAUGACUUACUCCUCGUACAAUCUUCUGUCAAGUUCUACGAGUAAAUAAGAAUUUUCGUUGUUACUGUGAUUCAAUUUUUAUUGACUGUUUAAUUAUCGUAAAUUGUCUACAAUUAUUGUAAAAGUGUGUGUCCUUUUUACUAUUGUGCAUGGUCAUACAACACUCUCACUAAUGUACUCAUGACGAACAUGACUGAGAAAUAAAAAUGCAGAAUUUAAUGAA